AUGCUUUCCUCCGCCUCCUCCUCCACGUCAUAUACUUUCCUUUUCCUCUCUGUCCACCUUAUACUCUUUCCUUUUCAUCAAACUUCACCUCGUCCCUUUUCCUUUUUCUCUCCCCGCCUCAUAUUUUUCCCUUUACUCUUCCUUUGCUUUAUAGUAUUUUCUUUCCCUCCACCUCAUCCUCUUUCAUCUGCCUCUCACUUCACCUCAUAUAUUUUCUCUUUCCUCUCUGUCCACCUCAUACUCUUUCCUUUUCAUCACACUUCACCUCUUCCCUUUUUCAUUUUUCUCUCCCAGUCUCAUAUUUUUCUACUCUUCCUUUGCCGGAUACUAUUUUCUUUCCCUCCACUUUUCAGACUCUUUCAUCUGCCUCUCACUUUACCUCAUUCUCUUUCCUGUUCCCCCUCCACCUUAUACUUCUUCCUGUCUCUCUUUUUCUACCUGAAACGCAAUUUAUUUUUCUCUAACUCAUACUAUUUCCUUUUCCUCUCACUUAUGCUCACACGUUUUAAUUUUCUUCCUCAAUCGCCUUCAUUUUUCUUUCUACCCAUUUCAUUCUCUAUCCUUUUAUCUCCCUACACAUCAUUAACUUUCAUUUACUUGUCCCUCUACCUUAUAUCUUUCAUUCUUAAAUUAUUUCGCAAUUCAUUUUCUUUGAUUCUGAUGGAGAGAUCACCAUCUUUCUUGCUUAUUGGCGAUCUUAGUUAA